AUGGCGCAGAAUAUUUGGUCCGUGAACAAUUUGAAUCUGGCCGCUUUGGCUCCACAAUAUUUAUCUGUGUUGCAAGCGAUGGCGACGACCCAGUCGACGGGUUCCACGUCGGCCGGCCCCGGCCAGGCCACGCAGGCCUCCAGUCCUGCCACAAACCUCACCAUGAGCGGUCUCAACUCCCUGCAACUCCAACAGUUGGCCGCUUCUCUGGCCGGAAUACACAGUACCAAUUCCAACCAACUAGGUCUCGCCGGGUUAGCUGCCUUGCAGAACAGUGCCACCACAGCGACAACGGAAGCGUCAAACCUACAAGGUCUGGCUGCGUUGGCAAACUUGUCAGUUGCCAGUCAAGGCUUGAAUCCAAUGAGCGUCCAGAAUUUGGCAACGCUAGCAGCCAUGGCCGGCGGAAACAACGCCGCAGCUGUCGGUGCGCUGCUAAACCCCGCAGCAUUUCCGGGUAUGUUUGGCGGAGCGAAUGUGGGCGUGACGAAUACGUCGGCUUUGGCGCACCAAUCUCCGAUUGUGACGACGGCGCAGAUGGGCAAGCAGGUUGAAGGUCCGGAUGGAGCCAACCUGUUCAUCUAUCAUCUUCCGCAAGACUUUAGUGAUAGUGACUUGGUGCAAGCGUUUGCUGCGUUCGGCAACGUCAUAUCUGCCAAAGUUUUCAUCGACAAGCACACCAACUUGUCGAAAUGCUUCGGAUUUGUUUCUUACGACAACCAUUUGAGUGCACAACAAGCGAUCCAAUCGAUGAACGGUUUCCAGAUCGGCACCAAGCGACUAAAGGUGCAGCUGAAGCGCUCGAAAGACGCUUUAAAGCCGUACUGAUCCGGCAUCGUUGGAGGGAAGUCUCGGCAGCCGCUGAAAACGACUCAUCUUCCGCAAUUUUUUCCCGCUUGGACUGUACCCUCAACUACACCUCUCAGAUCGAUCCCGCCUUCCCAAUAUUUCGCCUGCAAGUUCCCCGUCCUUCGGUUUCUUCUCCGUGUACUGUAUUCACGCAUAUCAAAAAAGCUCAGGUCAAAGAUUCGUGGACAAGACGAGAAGCGAGCUGCAUCCUGCGCACGAUCGAGUGAGUGAGUGAAUUCCAGGGUGGAGGAGGAAAUGGUUUUUUGCGGCGAACACUUGGGUUGGUCGAAUGGACGUGGAAGAGAUGGACAUGGUUUCCUCGUGAAGCUCUAUUGGUUGUUGGGGAAGUCUAUGGAAACAUUGCGCUCGUGUUGGUGGAAGGAAUCGGAAAGAAUGUCGAAAAACAGCAUGCGCCCAUUGCUCGACGAGUUGCACAAAAAAAAAAAAAAAACCUCCUUCAAAAUUUCUUCCAUUAUCUUGUGUUGUUUCGAAAUCGUUCUAUUCCGCGAACCCACUGUUUUAUCGUCUGCGUUCUUCCCCCCUGUCGUAUUUUCGUGUUUAUCUCGUCUUCGUGCAUGUCUCAGAAAAUUUGACCGAUCAUCAAUCAGUAUCGUAAGCCGAUUACAGAAAAAGAUCUUCGUCCUGGGAAGUUCCUCAAUUUUUUUCUCUCCAGCGUUCCGUAGAAUCGUGUAGGUUGUAAGCUGAGUUUUGCCGCUUUUUCUUGAAUUUGCUGUGAUAAACGAAAGAACAUUUUUGAGAAAGUGAAGAGAGACAUGCAGCUCUUCGCGCUAAUAUAAUUCAGUUGAUCCGUUAAACGGGAUGUGGGGGCGCUGAUUGCUUGAAGGUCUUCCCGUGCCAGUAAGUCACUCUCUGUCUUCAGCCGUGGAUUUGAAGUCCCAUGAGCAGAAGAUUUGAGACGGAAUAUUCAGAGAAAAGUUUACUAACUUGUUGUAUUCCUGGCUGUUGCGCUACUUUUAUAGGAAAAAGCGACUGCGAGAGAAUGAUUAGGACAGUUGAGGUUAAGUGCUCUGAACGUUAUGACGCUUUACGUUUCGCUUUUAGUUUUUGCCCCCCAUCUUCAACUCAUUGUUUUGUUUUUGUGUUUUUUUAAGGAAGAAGGACUUGUGAAAACGAAAAAGAUAUGAGGCUGUUGGCGAAGUACUUUUCCAGCGCGUGUUUGUUCAUGUUGAAAGGGAGGAUUUCUGUCGAAAUCGACGCGGGUUUCACCGCGGUGUUGGAUUGAUUCUUCUCAUGCGUAUACGGUGGUUGAUGUAAACGUGUGUAUGAUUUGGUGUUGGACGAAUGCUUCUGGGUGGAAGGUGUAAUCGAUGUUGGAAUUUUUUUUUCUGCGGUGUAACAAAUAUGGAGGGCUAUGAUGAUCGUGUUUGAUGUUACAGGUGUUGAUCGCCUUCCCGUGCGGAUUGCCCGACGAGUCCUGUCGCGAAGAAGCAUUGAUGUUUUCUGUAUGCAUUUCCCAUCGUUAUCGAGAUGUUUCGAGUGAAGGGAUCCCGUUUGCUCGAUGCUGUAUCUUUUUUUUUUCCACACACCUUUCAACUCAUGUCCCUAAUUCCCCAUCCGAGAUUCGAUGUUUUACUUAUUUUCAACCUAUGUGAUCGCAUAUGAUCUUGGAGUUAGGUGGAAAAGCCCUUAUCAGGUUAAUACAUCCGUUGGGAACCGACGAGGAACGAAAGCCAAAAUGAAGCUUGUACGAAAACGGGAAGGCUGAAACGUUACCGAAGGAAAUGAGCAAAUACGACGUUGCAUUUUGUCUUGGUUUUGUUCUUUUUUGUUGUUUUUUUCCAUCCGUCAUAUUCUGAAUUCAGCUGAUACUGCACAAUUUGCAUUUGCGGUAAAACAGUCCUGUGAAUGCUGCAUAAUUCAAGAAGUACCGAAUGAAUCUUAGCGGGAGCGAGAAAUCGACGUGAUCCGAACCAAAGAUAAUUAUUUUUUGAAAGGGAGCGUUCUGUUGAGGAUCGGUUAUGCUUGGAAUCGAACUUUUUUGUGUUUCGCAGGAAAGGAAGGAAAUUUAUACGUUCAGUCUUCUUCGAAAAACUAUCCGUUUCAGUGUGGAGCUCGCAUGCUGGUACACAUGUGAUUGCAAGCAUGUCGGAAUGAAAAUCACUGAUGGAGUUCCUACUGGUUUGAGAUUUAUCGUAAUUUUCCUUUGGAAGUGGAAGCUCAGUGAUCACUUUGAGUUUUACGUCCUGGACAAUCAUGGAGAACAAAUUAAUUUCGAUUUCUUCCUGUGAAGAUUUUGGUAACGUCAUUAGCUAAGUUAUGACAAGGUGCCGAUUCAUCUUAUGGAACUUCAACUCUUCCCUGAAUAAAAAUAAUAGUUAUUGAUAAUUCAGAUCCAGAUUUAGGAUUCAUGUUGAUGAAAUCGUAUGUUGUAUUUUUUAAAUGAAACGCAGCAAAAAUAGAUCGAAUAGCUUGUGAAACGAUAAAUUGCGAACUCUGUUCCAGAAAAAUUGAUAAGAAUAUCCCCCCCCCCCCCCCCCCCCCCC